AUGUCCGAUCCUGUGGCUCGUGCACGCGAAAUAGCAGCACGUUUGGCAGCUACAGCCAUACCAGGUGGUGAUGUAUUGGGCAAACGUAAGAGCCGCUGGGAGGGUGAUGUGGAUACUAGCGGACGACUUGCUCCAGGUUUAGGCGCAAAGAAGCGCAAGAAAGUGUAUAUACCUGUGGACAAGUACCCGGAUAUUAAUUUCAUGGGACUUUUAAUUGGACCACGUGGUUCUAAUCAAAAACGAAUGGAAGAUGAAUCAGGUGCUCGCAUUUUGAUUCGUGGUAAAGGUUCAUCGAAGGAUCCAACGGGUGAUCCAGAUGAGAAUGAAGAACUCCAUGUGCUUAUUACUGCCGAUACCGACGAAUCUGUGGCUAAGGCUCAAAGUGCCGUGGAAGACAUUCUUUUUAAUCCACAACAAGCUAUGAAAUUAAAGCAAGAACAACUUCGUAAAGUCGCGGAAUUAAACGGCACGCUUAAUGAUACUUAUAGCGGUCAUGAAAAUUAUGGAAGUGGAUUAAAUUCAAGUUUGAAUAAUGAUCAAUCGUCGUUUGAUAUGAAAGUUCCGCGGGAUUUAGUCGGUUAUAUCAUUGGUCGAGGUGGCGAGACUAUUCGAGACUUGCAGAUGAAAAGUGGUGCACACAUUCAAAUUGUCCGCGAAGAAGAGGGUGCACCACAAACAGCAGAUCGAUUUGUUAACAUUACAGGAAAUGAGGAAACGCUAGCAAAUGCACAGAAAUUGAUUCAGAAUCUCAUUGACGAACGACAACAGAAUCAAACUGCGGGAGUAUUUCGAGAACGGGAUGAUCAAGACCGCAUGGCGCGAUAUGGAGGCAUUAAUCCUGAUGGAACGGAGUCAGUAGAGAUUUUGGUGCCAAAUGAACGUGUGGGUCUCAUUAUUGGACGUGGUGGUUGUACGAUCAAAGCAAUCCAGCAACGAACAGGAACGAGUGUUACUAUCCCGCAGACCCCAGAUUCGACCCAUCCUGAGAUGCGAUUAAUUACGAUUCGUGGAACUGCUGAAGCAAAAGAAGCUGCGCGGUUUGAGAUCCAAUCGCUGGUUUCUGAGGAGCCAGGACAGCGCUAUGGCUAUGGAACGGCUGCAGGCUCCACAAUUUACAUGCAAGUGCCAAACGAUCGCGUUGGUGUGAUCAUUGGUAAGCGUGGUGAAACGAUUAAAGGAAUACAAGAUCGUCACGCGGUCCGAAUUCAGAUUCCACAGGUAGCCGAUCCAGGGUCAAAUCCACCUGUACGGACCAUUUCAAUUCAAGGCCCACCCCAAAGCCUAGCAAUUGCAAAAGAAGAAGUAGAUAUGGUGAUACUUCAAGGUGCAGGUGGCCAUGGGUACGGCACGGGACAGUACGGAGGGGACAGUACGUACGGACAGACAGGGAGCUAUAGCCAACAACAGUAUGGUAGCUACGCUGCUCAAAGUCAAGAUCAAUAUGCUGCAUACUAUCAACAAGAUCAACAAGGACAGUACUAUCAGGAUGCAUCAGCGACGGGAGUCGUCGCAGGUGGAGACCAAACAGCGACUGCAACUGCUGACCCUAACGAUCCGAACGCAUACUGGAAUGGAUAUUAUGAAUAUGCCGCUUAUUACGGUGUGGAUGCCGCUAAUGCAGCAUGGGGAGUUACUGGUGCAGCUGCACAGGCAAGUGCAGAAGCGUACCAACAGUAUCAGCAACAAGGAGGGUCGACAGCGGGUGAAGCGGCUGUAACGACUGAUGGAGCGGUAGCGACGGCCGCAAGCGAUAUACCUGCGACCACGACAACUGUUGACUCAACAAGCGGAGCUUCUCAGCAGACGCAAGGACCCCCAGGAACAGCGUAA